CUGGUAUUUAAGAAGCUUCUAAGUUAAAUUUAGGAUUUAAUAUUAGGAAAAGCUUAUGUGGUCGUCUGCUAAAUAUUUUUGGGAUUGUAAAGUUUAUAUGAGCAUUAGUUUUACAGGUGGGGACACAUGACAAGUUGGGAAUGCAAAUAGUUCCACUGAGGUUGCUUACCCCACAUGAGACUAAAGAAUUUACACUUAAUUUGGUUAAGAACACAAACCCCAAUGAUCCUCACAACAAGAAAUGCAGAGAGAAACUUGUGGUGGAGUUAACAUUUAAGCCUUUUAUAGAUGACAGUGUACGAUUUAGUGGAUCAUUGCAUGGAUCUGGGAAAAGCGAAGACAUGGUUGGAAAAGGAUCAGAAGAUGUGUCCUUGAACAGAGCUGCUGGCUUACUUCUUGUUUUGCUUCAAGGCGCUGAAGAUGUUGAGGGGAAUCAUCACAACAGCCCUUAUGCUGUAGUCAAUUUUGGAGGAGAACAGAAGAAAACCAAGACGAUCAAGAAAACCCGGGAUCUGUGUUGGAAGUUGGAACGAAGAGUUCCAAUCUGUGCUAGAAGAGGCUCCUCUAAAGGAGAAGAUCCGUAUUGAAGUCAUAAGCAAGCGGACAGGCUUUAGUUUCCGAAGAAAGGUUGGAUUAUUUUGGUUCUGGAUUACCUUCUUUAUGAUAUCUAAUUCAUUGCAAUUUCUAAAUUCUAUACUUUGUCUAGGAAUCAUUAGGAUAGGAUACGUGGAUAUCAAUCUAAAUGAUGUAGUACACAACGGACGCAUCAGUGGAUAUCAAUCUAAAUGAUGUAGUACACAACGGACGCAUCAAUGAGAAGUACAAUAUGAUCAAUUCAAGAAAUAGAGUCUUACAUGUUGAAAUAUGUUGGAAGGUGAUUUGAGACAUGUCACCAAGAUUUUAUACUUCACUACUUUCAGAGUCUUACAUUCUUUUGAUUAUAUUUUCUACAAACAUAUUCUUUUGUAUCACAUUAUGGAGUACACAAAGGCAAAAUAAUGGAAAAAAGAACAAACAAAUCUGUAUAUUUUUUGGUCAUAUUUCUUGUUAAUCUUAAUUCUUGUAUAACACCAACAGAAAGGUGUUGAUUUUUGUAAUUUGAGACCCUGUAAUUUCACUGUUUUAA